UCUACCUAGCUGUCGAUGGUGUUUCUCGACGACUGGCGCCGACUCGUCCUCCGGAGCUGGAACCCUUCUUUGAUGCUCUGGCUGCCUAUAUAUACGGUACCUUCUGAGGUCAAGAACUGCAUGCGCCAACCUAAGCUAAGCACGCAGCCACGUCCGGUUUGAGGAUGGGCAGGACCUGGCAGGAAGAGGAGGCCGAUGGCAGUGCUGAGCUUCGAAUUCGUCUGGGCGGCCUAGUCGGGCUCGCCACCGCCUCCAUGGCCAUCACCUUGGCCGUGCGCGAGCCGCCGCCGGGGGUCCACAAGAACGCCUACUUGCUCGCCAUCACAGGGCCAUUCUUUGCCGGGGUGGCAGAGGUCAUGGCCGCCGUCUGGGUCUCGAACAACCCCCGCGCCGCGGGGAGGAAGCUCAUGUACGCCUCCGUCGGACCACUCGCCGUCGUCGUCGGUCUCUCGGCGGCUUCACUUAUGCUCUGGUAAGUUUGUGGCUCAUCGUCCACUGCACGCCUCCGUCGGUCCACUUGUCAUCACCGUCGGUGGCCUCUCGGAGCCUUCGCUGAGCCGAGAGGUUCAAUCUAUGUCUGUGUGUGUUGUCAGCUGCGUGGGUCAAGUCAAUAAGCAGCAUGCAUGAUGCGUGUGGCGUCGUUUCCUGUUUCUGGCUUGUCAUGUUGUUCACUUGGUUUGGUGUGGCGUAUCAGAGUUAUUUGACUUGGGGGGUUUGUAUAAGGUCGUUUUGUACUCCAGUGUAAAACCUACACCAUGUUGCUCUAUGCUAAAUCUAU